GUGGCGUCUAUAGUCAGCUGAUUGUGUCAACAACUGGCAAUAACACGCCAGUUUUGAACUCACACGGGAAAAACUUUUAUUUUUAGAGCUGGUUUAUCCACCCCAACGCCUUGCUCCUGAGUCGUGGUGGAAGUCAUUUACUCUGAAAUAAAAGCUAUUUCACUUAUAAUUGAUAACUAUCCUAGAGAUAUAUAGUUUUUGUCGUGAAAAAUAAGCAGCUGGAACUAGCGAAGGGAACUAUUAUCGAGAGGUCGUGAACAAACAAAACUUUCUGUAAGGAAGGCAACCUGCAAUCUAAAGGAGGAGCAGCCCUACCGACCAGAUAUUUUUCUGCAGGGUCAUAGUUGGUUGGGCAUUUACUCUGAAAUAGAUGAUAUUUUGGGAAUUUUGUAUUGCGUCAUUUAAGGCAUGUGGCAGUGAUACUCUCUUAAGAUGUAUUUAAUCAGCAGUUGUGAAGAAACUCGCCAAUUUUGUUUCCAGUCUCUGCCGGAGUGAAAAUGAAGCUGACAGGAUUGUUAGGGCUGAGUGUGUUGGUGGCAGCCCUGGCGAAAGUUGGAGGUGAAGAUGGUUACUUUGAUUCCCUCUACGAGAACAUGCUUAAUGCCAAGAACACUUUGAAGGAGGUCGCCAUCGCUGUGAAUAAAGGCCUUAAGACUGUCGCACAGACAAUAAAAUUUGUCGAGGACUUCAUCGAUUCGACUGUAGAAGAAGAGUGCUAUUACAAAUGCAAGGGGAAAAAAAUUCCAGUUCAUAAUCCUAACCACAGACCUGAGGCUAACGGAUGUGGCUCCCUUGGGGUCUUUUUUGAAAAAGAUGAUCUGUCAAGGCCAGAAAUGGUUGACUGUUGCAAUGAUCAUGACAUCUGCUAUGACACGUGUGGCAGCAACAAAGAAAAUUGUGACCGAACGUUCAGAAGGUGUCUGUAUAGCACAUGUGAGGUCAGCAAGGAUAAGAUGGACAUAUUGAUGUUUAAAAAAUGCCAAGGUGGGGCGAAGUUGCUCUAUACAGCAACAAUGGCACUUGGAUGUACAUCUUACAAAGACGCUCAACGCAGUGCCUGUGUGUGUGUAGAACCCAAUGACCUACCGCGUGAAAAAAGUGAAUUAUAGCACUCGGCAAAGUUAUUUGGUAAAGAGCAGCUGCACAACAUAUUUUAUUAAUUUUCAUCUUUGCUGAAAGAUAGCUAGCGAGAUGUUAAUAAGAAUUAUUGCAGACAAAAAUUCUUGAUUUCAAGAUUAAAGGUGUGUUAAUGCUUGUUAUUUCAUUAGACAAAUACAGUACGUACUGUAUUAUACUCUAGUGCUUUAAUGCUAAACAAAAUUUAAAUUUAAACUAUUUAAUUUAAGGUAUAGGUUAUUAAUGCAAAACUCAAAUUAUUACCAGUUCAAAAAUUAUAAAUACAGUACCGCAGCUUGAAUAUACAGUACUGUAUAUUUAAAAAAUACACUACAAUACUGUACUUAAAUUAUCUUGGAUGUAGGGGAUAAAAAUACCACAAAGUGAUGUGUGUACAGUAUAGGUUUGUCAUAUACAACUAAUUUAUUUGUAUAUAUUUUGUUUGAUAGAAUUAUCUAUUAUUUUUUCAAGUUCUUGCUUGGCUGUAUUCUCAGAUCCACAUUGGCAUCUUCUCAAAUCCAUUUGGACAUUGUCUUGAACCGGACUGGUACAAUACAACCAAGGUAUUGUGUUUGGAACAUGGAAUUAAAUUUUUUUUUAUUUCAUUGUUUUUGUUGUUGGUAGCAAAUGUUCUCAAGCAUUAAUAAUUAGUGUUUUUAAUGCCUUAUUAGAAUUGCAUUUUCCUCGAGCAUUCUUCAUUUGGUGUUGAUUUAACAUAAUUUUUCAAAAAGUUUUCAGUUUUGUGGCUAGAGAGUAAAAUGGUUAUGCUUUGGGUUUUGGAGAGUACUGUUACAAAUAAAUUUUUCUUGAAGCUAAUUUUAAGAGUAUAUAAUGUAGGAUGUGUAGUAAGAGAAAUUAUUAUAUAAUAGACUGUGCCUCAUAACAGAAAUUAUUAUAUAAUAGACUGUGCCUCAUAACAGAAAAAUGUAGUAGUCUAUACAGUAUUUUCAUUAUAACAAUCCACAAUUACUUAGGUUGUCAGCCACUAUAACUAUACAGGUAUUGUAUUAUCUAGAUCAUUUACAACCAGAGCCUUCCUUUGGAUAGUUAUUUAGUUACUCUUAUUUGUGCUCCACAAAUUGAUUUUACUUCCACAAAUCAUAUACAGUAUAUAUUUGCACAAAAUUUGGUGCUAAAAUAUAUACUUAAAUUUUUAAUAAACAUUUUAUUAAUUGGGAUCACAAUCCUAAUUAUCCAGAUUUCCUUUGUUUAUUCUGAUAUCUAAUCUGGAUAACAGAGAGAAGUGUACAUAAUUUUGAUUGCAGUUCUAAAGUUCCAUUUGUUCUAUGGUUGAAUCGGUUCCAUUGAAGCAAGAAAGUACUUUAUCUACAGUAGCUCCUCGCAUAGUGCAAGAGGUGUCACAAAUUCACAAAGGUAGGCCUAUGUGAAUUUGUGCUACACAUUGUGAUGUGCUACACAUCAUCCCAUAAUGACCCUUUAUCACUUGUACCUCAAUAAAACACCUACUUGAAUAUUAGUGCUUAUUUGUCAC